AUGGCACGUCGCCUCGCCCUCACCUUGUCAGUGGCGGCCGUCUCGGGGAUUGGCGUCUACGCUAGCAGCGGAUUGGACCCGGCGGACAUCAGCGCCGUCAGGAUCGGCCGCGCCGUGUGGACGACCGCGCUGAUCAGUGCAGACUACAUGAGGACGUUAAAACGUAUGGAGUACGGAACAGAUGAGUACUGUGCAGCCAAGUCACAGGUUCACUUGCGCUCGGCCGAGCGGCUGCUGGAGCUGUGCUGCGCGAAUCGAGGCACGUUCAUCAAGGCCGGGCAGCACCUGGGCGCACUGGACUACCUGCUGCCCGAGGAGUACACGCGCACGCUGCGGGUGCUGCACAGCAGUGCGCCCACCAGCCCCAUCGAGGACGUGCACAGAGUCGUCCGCGAAGAGCUGGGGAAAGAGGUGGGUGAGCUGUUCCAGAGUUUUGAUCCGCGGCCGCUGGGGACGGCGUCUCUGGCCCAGGUGCACCGCGCCACGCUUCACGACGGCCGCACGGUGGCCGUCAAGGUGCAGCACCGCAAGGUGCGGAGUCAGGCGACCCGCGACCUCGACGUCAUGGAGGUGCUCGUGCGUGGAGUCGCCUGGCUCUUCCCAGACUUCCGCUUCCUGUGGCUGGUGGAAGAGGCUCGGAAGAACCUCCCCAUCGAGCUGGACUUCAUGAAUGAAGGCCGCAACGCUGAGCGCGCUGCCUCCAUGCUGCACAAGUUCCACUUCCUGAAGGUGCCUCGCAUCUUCUGGGAGCUGUCGACGGAUCGCGUGCUCAUGAUGGAGUUCGUGGAAGGGGGGCAGAUCAACGACCGCGUGUACAUGGAGAAGCAUGGAAUAGAUGUGAAUCAGGUGUCGCGGUACCUGGGCCGCAUGUACAGCGAAAUGAUCUUCGUGGAGGGGUUCGUGCACUGCGACCCGCACCCCGGGAACGUCCUGGUGCACAGGGACCCCGCGUCUGGUCACACGGAGGUCAUCCUGCUGGAUCAUGGCAUCUACCAGACGCUGUCCGACGGCUUCCGGGUGGACUACUGCCGCCUGUGGCAGGCGUUGCUCCGGGCGGAUGUGGCCGCUGUGGAGAAGCACGCGAGGAGCUUGGGGGCCGGCGAGCUGUACGGGCUGUUUGCGUGCGUGCUCACGGCGCGCUCCUGGGACGUGGUGCAGCAAGGCAUCGACCGGGCGCCCAUCACGAGCAAAGAGGAGAGUGAGGUGCGGGGCAGUGCAGCCCAGUACCUGCCCCAAAUCAGCGAUCUGCUGAACCGCGUGCCGCGCGAGAUGCUGCUGCUGCUCAAGACGAACGACCUGCUGCGCGGCAUCGAGACGGUGCUGCGAACGCGCGCCGACGCCAGCUCCUUCAUCACCAUGUCGCGCUGCUGCGUGCGAGCCCUGUGCAGGUGGGAAGUGGAGCACGAAGCUUCGUGGGUCGGCCGGGCGAGAGUCCGGCUGGGCGCGUCGCUCACGCUCUGCCACCUCCGCAUCUACGAGCUUCUCCUGUGGCUGCAGUCGUCGGCCGCUGCCCGCUGGAUCUGCACCGCACUCUCGCACGCAUCAACGUCCGUGCCCGUCGCAGCCUGACCGGCAUUCGCACGCACAUAGACACUCGUGUGGACACGUACCCGUACAAGCUGGCGCAAAGAAAAUAUACAAAGAGAAUGCCCCUUUUAUUGACACUUUCGAGCUAAGGUUUCAGGCAUUAAUGCGUUAUAGUUGUAUCCGUGCGUCUGUCGGUCUCUAACGGGGGGGGGGGGGACGCGGGGGGGGGGGGCACAAUAACUCUUAUAGAUGAUCCAAAAUAAACAUUUAUGAUAAAGCUUUGUUGUGCCAGAGAAAAUCCGGCACAUGUAUCAAAGAUUUGCCAAACAUAUGGUGACAAAAACCAGCGCUAGAAGUAUUGGCUUUGCUGGAUAAGAUUGUGAUGUUGCGUGUGACACCUCCCGUCCAGAUUAUGUAAUUAUUGACGUCAUCUCGCGACGUCACGUGAUGUGCGGCUUGUUGUGCGGCUUGCAACGUAAAAUCACAAAUGUACUUUUUAAAGACGAUCGCAUGUUUGAAAGUGGUACAGAAUCCAUGCAUAUGCUUGGUUUUAUUUAUUUUGUAUAAUCAGCUAUUAGGGCUGGUGCUCUUAAUGAGGAUUGCAUACCUUUUCAUGCCAGUAUUGAUUUUGACCACAACAUACUACAUUUUAGUUUAUGGCCUAGCGGAGGUCCAAACCAGGUUAAAGUACAGAUUACUAACGGUGUUGUCCAUGGCCAGGAAUUGAACUCGGCCAGUGCGAGUGCUUUUCACGAAGGCCAAUAUCCCCCCAAUAGCUGAUACAGAGUCUUUAGGCCGCUGUCGGUAGCCUAAAAGAGGCCUAGAAAUAGGGUUUCGUUCCACCAAGUGGGGCACUACCUACUUUUUUAAUAUUUAACAUCAGAAAUAUAUAGAGAUUCCUUAGGAAAAAGUUCUCCGCACACAACCUUGCAGUUUUUGAGAAAAAUGAUGCUAAAGGUGCCCAUUUUGAAAAAAGGGAAACCAUAGGGAAUUUUGCACUUUUAAACCUGUUUAUCAUAUAAACCCAAAAAUGCAGAAUUACCACUUGAAAUACAAAAUUAACCAGUUUGAAAUGUGUGAUAUACCUGAAGUUGCUAUCUAUGCACAGUAAACAUGAUAAGAUUAUCAAUAAAACUUCUGCUGUAGCAUUAA